AAAGUAUACCCCGCCCGCGCUGUCCUAAUGUUGCUGGACGUGACACGAAAACAAUUCAAUCGGUCAGACCGCGUCAAGGCCGUCGACUUCCACCCUACGGAACCAUGGCUCCUUGCAGGUCUCUACAACGGCACCGUCAACAUUUACAACCACGAAACUGGUGCCCUCGUCAAGACGUUUGAGGUUGCUGAGGUUCCCGUCCGGUGCUGUCGCUUCAUUGCGCGGAAGAACUGGUUCGUCGCGGGCUCGGACGACUUCCAGCUACGCGUCUUCAAUUACAACACGCACGAAAAGGUCACCGCAUUCGAAGCGCACCCGGACUACAUUCGAUGCCUUACGGUGCAUCCUAGUGCGAGCAUUGUGCUCACCGGGAGUGAUGAUAUGACGAUCAAGGCUUGGGACUGGGAUAAGCAAUGGAAGUGCAUUCAGUCGUAUGAAGGCCAUACGCAUUAUAUUAUGAACAUUGCCAUCAAUCCGAAGGAUGCCAAUACCUUCGCGUCUGCAUGUCUCGACCGUACCGUCAAGAUCUGGUCUCUCGGCGCUCCUGUUCCUAACUUCACCAUGGAGGCGCACGACAAGGGCGUCAACUAUGUCGAGUUCUACCCUGGUGCGGACAAGCCAUACCUUGUCACUACCGGCGACGACAAGACGGUCAAAAUAUGGGACUACCUCAGCAAGAGCUGCGUGCAGACUAUGGAGAGCCACACGAACAACGUCUCAUUCGCCGUGUUCCAUCCCAACCUCCCUAUUGUCAUCAGUGGUAGCGAGGACGGGACUGUGAAGAUCUGGAACAGUGGAACAUAUCGUUUGGAGAACACCCUGAGCUACGGCUUAGAGCGUGCUUGGUGCAUUGCCGUGCGGAAGGAGUCUAACGAAGUGGCCGUCGGAUUCGAUGAGGGUUCGGUGGUCAUCAAGCUUGGUCGCGACGAGCCAACAUUCUCGAUGGACCCCUCCGGAAAGCUCAUAUACACCCGCAAUAACUCCGUCCUCUCUGCCAACCUCCAAACGGUCUCGGACGAGGGCUUCACCGAAGGUUCCCGCAUAUCCCUGUCCAUCAAGGAACUGGGCUCCACCGAAAUAUUCCCCACAUCUCUCACGCACUCUCCGAACGGCCGGUUCGUUACCGUCGUGGGUGACGGCGAAUACAUCAACUACACUGCUCUCGCGUGGCGGAACAAGUCGUUCGGCAACGGAAGUUCCUUCGCGUGGGCAGGAGACUCAAAUACGUAUGCCGUUUUGGAGGGUAAGCUGAAGGUGAGGGUGUACAAGAACUUCAGGGAGCGUGGUGGGCCGGGCAUGAAGGGCGCGGGCUCGUGGGGCAUCGAGUCGUUACAUGGUGGGACUUUGCUCGGGGCUCGCGGAAAUGGGUUCGUUCUGUUUUGGGAUUGGGAGAGUGGAGAGAUUGUGCGGAGGAUCGACGUUGAGUCGAAGAGCCUGUACUGGUCGAGUACCGGCACGCUUGUGGCGGUCGCGGCCGAAGAAUCGUUCUAUAUUCUUCGUUUCGACCGAGAUGCGUAUAAUGCUAAACUUGAGGAAGGCGCGGAUAUUGGUGAUGAAGGUGUUGAGGAAGCGUUCGAGGUCAUUGCUGAAGUUCCCGAAAGCGUCCGCACCGCGAAGUGGAUUGGCGACUGCUUCAUCUACACCAAUGCCGCCAACCGCCUCAACUACUUCGUUGGCAAUGAGUCGUAUUCCAUCACAAACUUUGACAGGCCGAUGUCGUUACUCGGAUACAUUCCUGCCCACAACCGAGUUUAUGUUGCCGACAAAGACAUGAACGUAUAUGGCUACGCGCUGGCUUUGAGCGUAAUCGAGUACCAGACGGCGGUGCUGCGCGGUGACAUGGACGCGGCUGCUGAGAUCUUGCCCACGGUUCCAAAGGACCAACGGAACAAGGUCGCAAGAUUCCUUGAGGGCCGAGACCUCAAGGAGCUCGCGCUCCAGGUGACGACCGACCCGGACCACAAAUUCGACCUGUCGUUGCAGUUGGAUGAUUUGGACUCUGCGCUUGAGAUUGUGCGGGGGGUACCAGAGACCGAGGCGGAGUCCAAGUGGAAGGCGGUCGGAGAUCGCGCGCUUGCUGUGUGGCGGUUCGAUCUCGCGAAGGAGUGCUUUGACAAGGCGAACGAUCUCGGCGCAUUGAUGCUGCUACUGCUCUCAACGGGUGACAGGAGCGGGCUGGAAGACCUGGCCGCCAAAGCGAGCGAAAAGGGCCAGAACAACAUCGCGUUCGCUACGCUCUUCCAGCUGGCGGACACGAAGGGUUGCAUUGACAUUUUGGUGAAGACACAACGUAUACCUGAAGCAGCCAUGUUCGCGCGUACUUAUGCCCCUAGCCAUGUGCCGAGAGUGGUGGAAGCAUGGCGCGGAGACUUGAAGGCUAAGAACCGCCCAAAGAUUGCAGCUGCCAUCGCGUCGCCAGACGAGCAGGCUGAUCUGUUCGAGGAGGGCUGGGAGGAGGCGUUGAGGCGUGAGGAGCAGGGUGGCGACGAGCCAGCGGCAGACGAGCAGGACUCGCCUGUGCAUGUUGAGGCACCCGCCAUCAACGGAGACGCACAUGCAGGUGCGCAACAUUGAUACUGCUCCUGUCCGUCAUGAUAUCUAACCAUGUCCCGCUGACUACCUGGAGCAGAGUCAGAAAAUGUCCCGAACGGGGUUGUUGAGGAGGAUGAGGAGGAGUCGUGAUUUGUGCG